AUGUCAUAUAAACGGAAAAGCUAUAAUCCGUCGCCAUUAUCUUCACCCAAAUCCAACGCAUCGCUACGACAUGACAUAGCCGUAACAUCAUCAGAAUACAACAAUUCAGACGAUUAUGAAGUAGAUGAUAAUGUCCCCACAAUUUUUCUAAAUCAGUUGGCAACAUUCCCGUUGUUCAAAAAUGCUCCAACCAAUUUCCACAAGCAAGUGGCAGCCAAUUUACGAUUGAUACAUUACCGACCGCAAGAGUUCAUUAUAAAAAAGGGAGAUCUUUCCAAGUCAAUGUAUUGGAUAUUGAAAGGAACAGUUAGUGUCACUUCUACAGAUGGCGAAGAAGUUUAUGCCGAGUUAAAUCAAGGUGAAUUCUUUGGAGAAAUUGGAAUUUUGUACAAUCGGCCAAGAACAGCUACAGUAAUUGCUAAAACAAGGAUUCUACUAGGAGUUUUAACAGCAGAGUCAUUAAACAGAGUAUUAAAGAACUUCCCCUUGAUCGAAAGACGAAUUCGAGAUGAAGCACAGGAGAGGUUGGCAAUGCAAGACAAGAAGAAUAAAGAACCAUUGUCGAUUCAGAGUUUUAUUACAAAUUUACCAUUAUUUCAAUUUUUACCUCCCGAUAUCAUACACAAGCUCGCAUUGAGUGUUGAACCACUAGUUUUCAGUCCGUUUGAGUACAUACUUCGCAAGGGCGAUACUUGCGGUGACAUCUAUUUUAUUAUUGAAGGAGAGGUAGAAGUGUUGAACCAAGAAGGGGUGAUAGAGAUCCCAUUGGCGAGAUUAUCACGUGGAAGCUAUUUUGGAGAAAUGUCAUUUUUAAACUAUUUACAAAAUAAGCCCAGGGUACGCACAGCAACUAUUAGAUCAGUCACUUACUGUGAGCUUAUGGUUAUUAAAUCAGAGUAUUUGGAAAAACUAUGUGACGACUACCCUGCCAUUAUCGAAGAUAUGAAGAUAACUGCUGAAGAAAGAAAAAUAGUUAAGCCUGCACAAGGAAUAUUUAGACCAAAUUGGUCAAUAAACCCAACGAGAACCAUCCCACCACAAAAGAGGCAACGAGAAAAUGAAAAUAUAGAUUAUGUUCCAUUUACUAAGAGGAUGAGAAUUGCCUCAAUGAAAAGAAGACGAUCUUCUACACUUGCAAUUGUUGAACCUUUACCAGAAACAAUAUUGAUGAAAAUUUUUGGAUAUUUGUCAUUGCCAGACUUAAUGAAGUUGCGAAGAGUCAAUAAAAGAUGGAGAAAAUUGGUUACAACAACUGCUCCAUUAGAUGUUUUGGAUUUGAGCCAGUUUGGAACCACAAUCAAUAACAAGGCACUAAUGGCAAUUACUGAUUUUGCUGGCUCUCGACCAAAAGUUAUUGACAUAUCAGGCUGUUUCCAUAUAACUGAUGAAGGUUUUUCACACAUGGUCAAUGAAAUAGGGAUUGGUGGGAGAUUGGAAGUGUUGCGAAUGGCAUCUGUCUGGGAAGUCACUGGUAUGGCAAUCAUGGAUUUAUGUUUCCCAGGACAAAAGUUGGAAGAAAUUGAUUUGACAAAUUGUCGCAAAGUCGAUGACAAUGUGGUACAGCGAUUACUACAGAAAUGUCAAUUAAAAGUUUUAAAUUUAAGUUACUGUAAGGGCAUUUCAGAUAGUGUGGUCCCAUACUUUAAUAAUUUGGAAAGUUUAGAUUUGACUAGAUGUUCUGGUAUAACUGAUACCGGGUUGGCCCAAUUGCCAUUUCUGCCGUCGCUCCGCAAGUUGAGCUUAAAGCAGUGCAGUUAUUUGACCGACAAUGCAGUAUACUCAAUUGCCAAUGCUGCUCGAAAUCUUGAAAUUUUGGAUCUAAAUUUUUGUUGUGGUUUGACUGAUGGAUCUAUUCUGGCAAUAGCAAUGGGAUUCCCUUAUCUACGGGAGAUUGACUUGUCGUUUUGUGGACUGGCUGUGAGCGACUCGUCUGUAGCAUCGUUGUCGGUUCUUCAUUAUUUGGAAAGAGUAUUGGUUCGAGGGUGUGUUAGAUUAACUCGUGCUGGCUUGGAUACGUUAUUUGGAGGACCGUGUCCGUUAAAUUAUAUUGAUAUAAGUCAGUGCCGAAAUGCCCAUGUAUAUCCAGGAAAUUAUCCUGCUCCACCGUUUCAAAGCAAUUUGGUAAGAGUGUCGAAUAAAAUAAUUUACAUCGUUGUAUAA